AUGAUGUUGAUGAAGGCUAUCUGGACUGAAGCAACUCGGUUCAACAGAGUAACGGGAAAAUCAUGGACCAUUGGGUUUCUGUUGUCGCUGAUCCUAAUUGCUCUAUCUACUUCCUUCAGUCUUGAUCCGCUUAUGGCAUGCUUGGUGGAGUUUGUGGCCAUUAUCUUUUUCAGAAAGGUUCAAGUCCUCUUUUGGGACGAUGCCAUCAAAAGCCGGUUUGGAGAUAUCGCGAUGGUCAUUCUGGAAUCGAUCGCACAAAACUCCACCGAAUUCAUAAUCUGCUAUCUCGGCGUCAUCCAGAGCAAUACGACAUGGAUCGGUAACUUUGUUCAGGGUUGUCUCUGGUUACGGUUGUUUUUCUUGCUUGGUUGCUGUCUGACCCAGGCAAAGGUCAACUCACUAAAUCGUUUAUUCCUAGAAACAGAAGCCAAGUCCGCAGGCAUCCUUGCCAGCGCGGUAUUCUGCUUGAUUGCUCACAAUUUCCUACGCUGUGAAACAAGUUCUGCUGGUUCAAUUCAAGGUCCUUGGCUCGCGAGGCUGGACUUUUCUCCGAUGGGCGCUACGACAGUCGUCCUUAUCCUACUGUCGGGUUACCAUGUCUAUUUGCAGCAACAGCCCGUAUUGAUUUGCCCGGAGACCAGAUCUACCGGAUGCCUGCCACAGUUUUAUCUAUGGUUCUCGCUGCCGUUAGUCGGCGUCUCGACUGCACUUAUCGCCUGGUAUUUGAGCCACAUGUUUCACUCCCUCCAGACUCUAAUAUCUGACGGGAAAUUUUCUGAGCUAUUUGUGGGCCAAUUUAUCCUUCCAUUAGUGUGUAACACUAUAAAUCACCUCCGGAUAGCGACGUAUACAUGCCGACAUCGUCCACAUACGGCAUUUCGGUAUGUUCAGUACUGGAGUGUCACAUUCUUGGUUUUCGUCUUACCAUUCGUUUCGUUGGUGGGAUACGCAUGGGGAAGCAACGUUUCGACGCUAUCUACUGACUUGGUAACCUUGAAAUGGGCCCUGCUGCCAAUCGCGAUGCUUGCCUGGAUUAACACUGGUGGUUCUUUUCACUGGACUAUGGGAGCCGGCCUCAUCGGGUGCUAUGCCAGGUUUAUAAUAACGGCGUGGAAUGGUGUAGAAAUACCACUAGCUCAUGCGCCAUAA